GAGGGAGGCAGUGAGCGCUGGCAACAGAUCCAGAUCUGGUGGGUGGGGAGGGCAGUGCUUUGUGCCCCAGGCGCUGCCUCGCUCCGCUCUCGCUACCUGCGCUUCACCUCCUGCAUCAUCCGUUUUCUCCCCGCACUGCAUUCGCCGCCGGUUUGUUGGCCAGUUCCAGAUCAUGUUUUCUGCUCAGCUCCACGGUGCACGGCCGGUCUGCUGACCGACCUAUCCUGGGGACUUCGACAAUGAUAAGGAGAGAAAUCGCCGGCUCUUAUGGAGAGCUUUCAAAUGACCAAACAGAGGAAAGACAUUGCAGUUCUGAUCUCGACGAUGAGAAUGAUGAAGAGCAAGAGGAUGUUAAUAUGUUACGAGACAAUGCCGUUAGCUCAACAAGUCUUUCCUCUAUCUUCGGUAAAGCCUGCCUGAAGAACACAUUUUCUGUAAUUCUUAUCUUCAUCUAUCUGCUCUUGAUGUCGGUGGCAGUGUUCCUGGCCUAUCAGACCAUCACUGACUACAGAGAAAAGCUCAAACACCCAGUCAUGUCUGUUUCUUUUCAGGAAGUUCAGAAAUAUGAUGCUCCUGGCAUAGCAUUGUAUCUUGGUGAGGCUGAGCUCCUGAGUUGUAAGCAUCAUUUUCAUGAUCGUGUUCAGUUUGUGGUGAAUCCAGGCCAACCAGGAGAAAUAGAUUGCAUCAAGGAACACGUCAGUUAUGUGGACCCUUACAGAAACCAAACAUUGAAAUCAGCCCUGGUUUUCCGUGGACCCCAGGAUGUGAGAAAGAAGGAGCUAGUAUUCAUGCAAUUCCAUCUAAAUGAAACAGAAGAAGAUUUCAGUGCAAUUGGCUAUCUCUUAUUCUCUUCAUUUCAGGAGUUUCAGGAGAGUCCUGACAAAGCACAGUUCAUGCAGGACUGUGAACGUUCCUACUCCAUUUGGACUUUCUCCGGAGGUUUUCGAACAUGGGUCAAAAUGUCUUUGGUAAAAACGACAGAGAAAGAUAGAAGUGAAUCGGUGGAAUUCAGGCAAGAGUCCACUCUUGUGAGAUAUAACAACCGUCGGCAUGGUUCUGAACAAAGUGGCCAGUGGUUCUUUGUUGUUUUUGAAUGGAAGGAUCCGUUCAUUCAGGAAGUCCAAGAUAUAAUCACAGCCAAUCAGUGGAACACGAUUGCCAUCCUGUGUGGUGUGUUCUUGGCUUUAUUCAAGGCAGCAGAGUUUGCAAAGCUCAGUAUUAAAUGGAUGAUUAAAAUUAAAAAGAGACAGCAAAAACUCAAGACCCAGGAACUGAACCAGUUAAGUUAAACCAAGGACCCAGUUUGAGCCCUUUGAUGGGAUGCAUUUCUGAUUCACUCUCUUCCCUCCACCCAGGACUUCAUUUGUAUGUUGUGUAGAACUUAAAAAGUUGUUAUAACAGCUACCAGUUUUCAUAUGACUAUAUUUAGUCUGAUGGAAUCAGAUACUUCAGUCUUGGGGAAUUAAAGUUUUAUUUUCAUUCUCAAUUUGUGUAAAUAGGAAGGCUCGGGUAAUAACAAAAUAGUAUACCAUAGCACUGUUAUCUAUAAAUUCCUUUAGUCUUUUUUGGAUUGUGAUUCACUAUGACUUGAAAUAUAGUGAUUUAAGACACGUAUAUCAUUGGGCAAGUGGUUUUUAAUGUCUAUUAUGCUACUGUUAUUGAUACUUGACCAGUGAUUGACAUCAGCAUCCGCUUUGUGUCAACAGUCAUGUCAUCAGUGGCAAGGCAGUGUUCAGGCAUUGCAAUGUACUUGAAUGCAAUGUGGUCCCAGUAAAGAAAUAAAAAAAAGGGCCUGUGCAAAAUUAAUAUUUCUAUGCUGCUAAUGAUUACGGUAUGUGCACUGGUUUGCAGUAAAUGAUAAGUGGUUUUUGAAGUAACCUUUAUAACCUUUGAAGUAAGCAUAGUUACAUCUGUAUACUGCCAAUGUCUUAUAGUUGCUAUUUUGUUUGUAUAUCAAAAAUACAACUGAAGGUUAGGAUCUAUGUACUUUGGAAAUCAUAACAGUUAUAAGCAGUUAUUAGAAAAGGGAAUUAAAUAUUUUGAUGAAAGGAAAAUACAGCUAGUAUUAUGACUAAACCACGAGUCAGUGAAACGUAGUGUAUGUUGGAUCCAUAUGGAAAGGAAGAUUUCUACAUUAAUCUCACCUUCAAAUGUUUUGAAUAAAAUGUGAU